CGCUGAACCCACUGCCGCUUCGGACCCGUAGCGCUGAUUUCCCUUUGCUGGCACGUUCAGUUGAUCAUGUUGCUCGAGAAUACGUUCAAGACUGGUGCUCAGGGAGGCUUGCUUGUCGCGGGCUUGAUCCUCUCUAUCCUUUGUGCGGCAGAGGGAACAUCCUCGUACAGCAACCCGCCUGCCUCGGUGGAACCCGUCGACUGUCUUUUGUCAGAAUGGUCAUCGUGGAGUCGCUGCGACGUGUGUCUCAAGAAAAGGUAUCGAUAUGCAACGCUGGAGCGCCCCUCUCAGUUUGGAGGAGAGGCCUGCCACUAUCAUGGGCGAGAGGAGGAGGCCUGCGAGGCCCCUUCCAGGUUCAGUUGUCGGGACACUCCGCCAUGUGAUGGUUUUGUCUGUGCCACUACAGGACGCUGCGUGUCUCGGCGCCUGCGCUGCAACGGAGAUGAUGACUGCGGGGACAGUUCAGAUGAGCGCGGCUGCAAGACUGUCAACUGGGCUUGCAAGGAGAAGGCAGAAGAGUACUGGGGUAUCGAGAGUCUUGCCAAAGGAAUCAAUACCUUGACUGGCAACCUGGAAGGAAUUGUUCUUGAUAACAGGUACUAUGCAGGCAGCUGUUUACCACAUUAUAUCCGCGACACAAGAUUCAGGAAACCCUAUAACUUACAACACUACACACUGGAGACAAAGGGAAGUUAUGAUUUCACGCUGAAUACCUUUGAAUCAUAUUCCAGCUUUGAGGAGUACAGGAUGAAGGCUCAUAUGUCGAAAACCUCGGUGUCCUUCGGCAUAAAGAUACCUGGAAUCUUUGAAGUCAGUUUUAAUUACAAUGAUGAAAAAUACAAGAAAACUAUCCGAAAGAUGCGGAGCUUCUCUGGUACCCAAAGCAGCUUCCUGAGGGCACACUCGCAGCUGGAGGUGGCUCGAUACGCCCUCAAACCCGCCGACCUCAUGCUGCACCCUGGCUUCCUAGAACGGCUGCGGGCUCUUCCUCUGGACUACAGUUAUGGGGAGUACCGGCAGAUUUUCAUGGACUACGGGACCCACUACAUCACAGAGGCCACCCUCGGAGGGGAGUACGAGUACUCCAUCGUGUUCAACAAAGAGAACAUGGAGAAGUCAGGAUACAGUCUGGAUGACGCAAAGAAGUGUGUCCAGGCUGGAUUCAAGGUGGGCCUCAACAUCCAAGGAAUCUACUUGUCAUUGGGGGUAGAGGGAGGCAGCUGUCGAAGCCUGCUCACUGAGCUCGGCGACAGCAAGAAGGAAAAGAAGUUUGUGAAGGACUUUGUGGCCGUGGUGAAGGGUGGUGGCAGCGAGUCCAUUACCCGGCUGGUCUACAGGCAGCUGCCGACCCCAGAAAUCAUGCGGGACUGGGGAGACUCAGUGUUCUACAACCCAGACUUCAUCCAGACCAAGAUGCAGCCCCUUUUCGAGCUGGUGACCUCCAGGGAUUUUGUGAACGCUCCCACACUGAAGAAGAACCUCAACCGGGCUCUGGUGGAGUACCUGGCUGAGGCCAGCCCAUGCCGUUGCGCCCCCUGUCUCAACAAUGGGAUGGCCGUUCUUAAAGGCACCAGAUGUGACUGCAUCUGUCCAGUGGGUUUCAGCGGGACAGCGUGUGAGGUUACUCAGAGGACAGAUGUUGCAGUGGAUGGUGGCUGGAGCUGCUGGUCUCCCUGGUCCACCUGCAGCGGUCGGAAGAAGACGAGGAGCCGCCAGUGCACCAACCCCGCCAGCCAGAAUGGGGGCAUGACAUGUAGUGGAACCAAAGAGGAGGAGGCUAACUGCUAUUAAGCAUCGGACCCUCCAGCAGUGCAUCCAAAAUAAAUUUGAGAGAGCACCCAAAGGACUGUCUCUUGUUUGCAACAAAAAAA